AUGUCAGCAGUGCGAGUCGCCGUGUGUGCGGGUGGCGGAGUGCGGCUGGCUAGUGGAGCUGCUGCAUUACGAAAGGCGCCCCACAGACGUCACCGAGUUGAUGCGGGGCCUCGUCUGCGGAAGGACGGAUGGCCACUUGAUCCACGUGUGCUGUGGGUCGCCACCGGGGCAGCUGCAGUACACGCAGAAACCAAGCCGCACCCACAGCCAGAGCAACAGGCGCAGCCAGAGGAGCAGCCGCAGACAGACCAAGGACAGCAGCCAAAGCCGGCUGAGCCACACGCAGAACCCAAGCCGCAGCCACAGGCAGAGCCAAAGCCGCAACCACAGCCAGAGCAACAGGCGCAGCCAGAGGAGCAGCCGCAGACAGACCAAGGACAGCAGCCAAAGCCAGCUGGGCCUGUCAGGCCACAGGACCCGGUGCAGCACCCCAACCUGCGGCUCCUGCCCAUGGACACAUGUGGACAGGACUAUUCUGACCGCAUCACAGACGGUGUGACUCCCAUCAACAGGUACCCGUGGUUGGCACUGCUCUUAUACUCGCUAGACGGCGGCCCCCCCGUGUUGCUGUGCGACGGCGCACUCGUCACCGGGCGCUACGUGCUGACCGUGGCGCAGUGCGUCAUCCACAAGAACCUCAACCGCUACAAGCUGGUGAGUGUACGGCUGGGCGAGUGGGACCAGCGCACAGACGUGGACUGCGACGGCGACUUCUGCGUGCCUCCGGCACAGGACUUCGGAAUCGAGCAGUCCAUUCCGCACCCGGAGUACACCCCUAAGCUCUCCAACGACAUCGCGCUGCUCAGACUUGACCGCGACGCUCCCUAUUCGCCUUUUAUCACACCAAUCUGUUUGCCGGUGGCUCCUGAGAUGAAGCAGGCGACAUUCGUUGGGAAGAAUCUUGUUGUGUCUGGAUGGGGUGACACCAGAGACGGUUACAACACCCCAGUGAAGCUGUAUAUACAACAGCCGGUGGUGGACGAACAGACUUGCCAGCAGAGGUACUCGCGCUGGAACCGGCACAUCAUGCCAUCUCACAUAUGCGCCGGCAGCAAGGAAGGCAACAACUCCUGCUACGGCAGAAGUGGCAGCCCACUCAUGGCCUUCGAGGGCCAACCGCCCAGGGGUUUCCUCAUCGGCGUUGUCUCGUUUGGCCCCAGAGCGUGCAUCAGAGUGGACACUCCCACUGUCUACACCCGUGUCUCGUCCUUCCUCACCUGGAUACUUGAUAACAUUAGACCUUAA